AUGACUGACACGUUUGAGCACAACCACAGCAAGGUUGGUCGAAACGAAGUGGAACCGCCUUCGCGCCCCGGAAGCACCGAUUCACACCACGUCGACCUCAGAUAUCCGGAAAUCCCUCUACACCUUUCACUUGAUUCUCUGCUCGCGCAUUCGUCUUCCUCGUCCUCCUCCUCGUCCAGACCCUCAUCUACUCCCAACACCAUCAUGCAGCCGUCUGAUCCUGACCAAGGCUCGCUAGACGAUAGCUGGGCUUCUCUUGUGGACGUGGAAUCCUCGAACGAAGAUGACCUGCAGUCCGAGCAUACCGAUGUUGGAUCCCUCCUUGAUGUGCAUAGCUCAGAUGACAUUCAAAGCGUCUCUGACGGAGUCCAUAUCCAUGAUAUUGCGUCAUCAGACGAGGAGGGCCUUGAAGAUACUCUCACAGAGGAACUAGAUCGCCAACAAAAUAUGGACGUUCCGCAUGAGCGAGGAUUCAUCUACAACCAUCCGCCCCGCCCGCUUGUCCAAGCGACGUACUCGGAGAAAGAGGAUGAGGAAGCUCGGCAGGGUCCCAUCAGCACCUAUACAAUCAGUCGACUUCUCUCUGAGGAAGAGACUCGAAAACUGCCCCAUCGUGGUCAAAGUGAAGGCGAGUUCUCUAACUACUUCAGUGUCAUUCGAAUGCCUAUACUGGACAGUGGCCUAGACUUGGACGUCCACAACUAUUUCAAGGUUCUUCUACUGGGGCGACAUGUCGAACAGUUCAGGCCAGAGCUUCAGAGAAAACUCGGUGACGUCCUGGUUGCACGGCCGUUUCCCUCUCAUAAUGUCAGCCAAACAUCUGUUUCGAGAUACCAUCUGGUACCAAACACAUUUGGGCCCGGAGCAGAACCAGAUUUUGCGGACCUUGUUGCCAUCGACAAAUUGAUAGACUUUGAUUGCUAUGAUCUGGUUCAGUCCUCCAGUGGUCACGGCCAGCAAGAACAGUUGAUUCUUCGCAACAGUCAAACACACUCCGAAAUAGUUUCAAAGUGGAGUGGUUCCAGGUUUGUGGUCGGCAAUCCUCGUUGGACUCUUCCGGAUGUUGCGAUCAUCUGUGUCCAUCUCGAUGACGAGGGCAGCAUGAACAGUGACAGUCGCAAGAUGAUUUCCUUUGUGGAAAGACAAGGCAUCCCCAAGAUUCUGAUCCGGAUGGAUCGAGGCUGGGAUGGUGACUAUCAAGGUAGUGUGAACUCUGAUGCUCUGCACGAAUGUGUACAGACGCAACCCUCGCGGCCACAGUUGAUGCAGCACGAGUCCUCGCCAAAAUUGCCCCUGAAUAUGGCGGCCUUUUUGAACUUGGACGCUACCGUCCUUAACAGGCACAUUGCGUAUGCUGUCUUGAGCGCCGAGCAAACCCAAGCCCAGGAGGUCGAUGGGUUGGACUCGCUGUCGAAAGAGCCUCGCGAGAAGCCUUCGAGAACAUCCAGGCUUCUUCCAGCAGUUAAUACUCCACUCAUGAAGAAUGUCUUCGUCGUUCUUUACGUUGUCAGCAUGUACAUUUUUGUGUGGCUCCGCAUAUGGCCGAUGUUCUCCGACCCAACUGCCUUCGCAACUCCAGGCGAUAUAAUUGUCAAAGUUACCGCACAUGAGCAGGCACCAUCAACGGGAAUAGAGGUCCCUAUGUCGACAUGUACAACCUCCACCCACAGUGAUAGAGAGGAAAGCGAAAUCGGCCGACAAUUGCUUGACACUGCCUCGAUCAAUGUCACUCCCACCCUUGCAGACGAUGCAUUGCACUUUCAGGUCGGUAUCGCAGGUGAAGGCCAAUUGCUGGUCAGACUACCCAAGGUCGCCCUAAGUCGCAAGAAGCGGUCUCCGCUAUCUGUUGAGCUGAAGCGGAAGAAUCAGACCGUUCCCGUGUCCGUACAGGAGCUCUUUGAAGGGGUUUUCAGCGUCCACUUACAACCACGUGAUACUCAUGGCGAUAUUGAAGUCAACUUGACGAUGAGGAAACCUCACCUGAGUGAGACGUUCACUGUCUCCUUUCAAGACCGAUCGACCACUGAGUUUUCGCGCCUCAAGAAGCUCCUGAGCCUGCUGAUUGGACAUGACCAUGAGAAGGCGAGCAGCGCCUGGGCUGUUUGGAAGGGUGUGCGAGAACGGUUAAUCGUGGACGAUGAAGAUGAAGCUUCGUCGGCGAGGCAAGCCAGAGAAGGAAGGCAGAGACAAAAUAAACACAAUGCACCACGGGACUUCUUGGGCAUGUCGACACUUCUCGAACUCCAAUCGAGAUUGGGAAAGGGAACACAGUUUCUACAGGGUGAAAUGGCGCGCAUGACCGAAGGUUACGCGAUACCAGAAAUCAAACUCGGCGACGUACUGUCUGACGGACUCUCCAAUACUCGACUGCGCCUAUUGGAUACGGCAGAAUUUGUGAAGAUGCAAUUUGCCAUGCGUUUUACCAAGAGAGCAGCCCUUGAACAUCUGGCCGCUGCGCAAGGAAGAGCAAAACAGAUCGUGGCCAAGGCGGCAAGGAAAGUGAGGGCUUCAAAGGCACGAGUCUGA